AUGAGCGGAAAUAUUAACGAUAGCUAUAACAACCGUCCGUUUGCAUCUAAUAAUCCAUUUAGACACGGUCUUACAGAUACUAGCAUGAGUCAAAGCCAAAAUGAUAACCAAAAUAGGCCAUGGGAUACAUCAAAUAACUCUCGUGGAAAAGGUAACAUCACUUUAUCUUACACCGAAGAAGAUAGUUUAUAUAAUGAUGAUAAUGAUUUAUAUGUAAAAAGAGGCGCACAAACAACAAAUAAUAUUUCAAGUUAUAGAAAUACCAAUAACUCUUCACCUCACUCCAUGAAACAUGCCGCUACAAAUCCAUUUUUAGAUGAUCUUGCUAAUGAUAAUAAUUUUGUGGAAGAGACUUCAUAUUCAAUUCCUGCAAAGGAUUAUAAAAGUAAUAAGAAUUCCACUACUAUCACUGUCACUUCAAAUGAUGACGUUGCUAAGAACCGCACUAACAAUACACCUAGAUACCCAACUGCUGAAGAUGAGAAGAAAAUGUUAAGACAAAGAGAUACUAGAAGAAGUGUAGAGGAAGAACCUUAUAUGAGACAACCACCUGGUAAAACAUCUGCUCUACCUCCUCCAUCCUAUGAAGAGGCUGCUGGCCCAAAGAGAGCUAAUGGUUCCUAUCCAAAGGAAAAAUCCAGUCAUUCAAGUUCCACUCGUCAACAUCAUUCGUCUUCUAUUUCUAAUGGUCAUGCACAGUCUCAUCAUCAUCAUUCUCAUCGCGAACGUGCUCGUUCAAAUGCCGGUGAUGGCCAUCGCCCAACACAUCGUUCAUCUUUAGAUGCGGAUGAUGAUAGAUAUUCAUACGGUAGCUCUGAUGAUGAACGUGAACGUGAGCGUGAACGUCGUCAUAGAAGUCGUAGAUCCAAGGAGAAGAGGAAAAGUAAAAUGAUUAUACCUAAAAAUGUGGAUACAAUUGAUAAAUUGGAUGUUACUGGCCUAUUUGGUGGUUCAUUCCAUCAUGAUGGUCCAUUUGACGCAGUUACUCCACAUAGAAAUAAAAAUGCGAAGGCACCACCUGUUAUGGCAUUUCCAGCAGAUGGUCCAAAUAGUACCAUUGGUGGUGCAUCAACUGCCAAAUCUGCUAUGGAUGAAUUAUUUGGUAGAGAAAGCAUUGAUGAUGAAGACCACAUUUAUUCGUCAGUCAAUUCAAAUGGUGUUAGAAGAGCAGGCACCAUCGGUAGUACUAUGGGUGUAUCAAGACAUUUAAGUUUAAAUAAUAAAGAUGUAAUUAGACCUGGAAAUACAAAUAUGGUCUUUUUAGAUACUAGAACAAAAGCUGAGGCCGUUCAUGGUGAAACAACUGCAGGAUUAGGCUCAUCAACAUUUUUAGAUGGUGCACCAGCGCCAGCUCCAGUUUCUCAAAAUAGAAUGCCAAGCAACAAUACCGUUCGUAGAAACAAAACUUUUUCACAAAGAAUGGGUAGUAAUAACAAUUCUCAAUACAAUUAUAACGACACUAAUAAUGGCCAUGGCGGUAACGCCGGUGAUUUUGGACAUGCUGGAACAUAUGAUAGAUCAAGAUAUGGCAAUACUAAUUUACAAUCGUAUCAAAGAAAACCUGAUUCAUUCAAUUCUUAUAGUAAUGGCAAUAAUAAUAACACCAAUAAUAUUAAGGGCUAUAAUAAUGAAAAUAACGAGAUUCAUGAUGAUUUUGAUGAAGAUGUAUACUUGGAUUUACCAAAUAAUACUGUUAAAAAGACAUCCACUGGGAAUAAAUUUUUAAGAAGGGUUAAAAGUUUAAAAGUUGGUAGAAAAAAUUGA